AUGGUUCUCCUCGCCACCACGUUCACCAUCUGGCACAACUUCGUGACGCCGCAGUACAUUCCCUCGUACCCUCUCCGUGUCGCUCUUUGGGCCGUGUACACUAUCCUUCAGGGUCUUUUCGCCACCGGUCUCUGGGUCAUUGCCCACGAGUGCGGCCAUGGCGCCUUCUCUGAUUCAACUCGCGUCAACAACGUCACCGGCUGGUUCCUCCAUUCUGCCCUUCUUGUGCCCUACUACAGCUGGCAAAUGUCCCACAGCAAGCACCACAAGGCCACCGGCAACAUGGAGCGCGACAUGGUCUUUGUGCCCCGUACUCGUGAGGAGCACGCCACUCGCCUCGGUACCAUGGCUCACGAGCUUGCUGAGUUGACUGAGGAGACGCCUAUCGCCACCCUGCUUCACCUCGUCGGCCAGCAGCUCGUCGGCUGGCCCAGUUACCUCGUCAACAACGUUACCGGCCACAACUACCACGAGCGUCACCGUGAGGGCCGUGGCAAGGGCAAGCAUAACGGUUUCGGCGGUGGCGUCAACCACUUUGAUCCCCGCAGCCCCCUUUGCAUUACUUUCCUUCAGCACACCGAUCCCUCGCUUCCCCACUACACCGGCGAGCAGGGGAAUUUCGUCCGCGGGGCUGCCGAUACCAUCGACCGAGAGAUGGGCUUUGUCGGUCGCCACCUGCUCCACGGCAUUGUUGAGACGCACGUCCUUCACCACUACAUCAGCUCCAUACCCUUCUACAAUGCCGAUGAGGCCACCGAGGCCAUCAAGCCUGUCAUGGGCAAGCACUACCGUGCUGAUGUCCGCGACGGUCCCUGGGGCUUCAUCCGCUCGCUUUGGACCUCAGCACGCUCGUGCCAGUGGGUUGAGCCCAGCGUGGGUGCUGAGGGUGCCGGCAAGGGCAUCCUGUUCUUCCGCAACCGUAACCACAUUGGUGUGCCGCCCAUGGGCCGCACGGAUAAGCAGUGA